CGCGGUGAAUCCCGCUCCACAUCGCUUGUGUGGUCCGCGCUCUGUCAACGCUCAUGAGAUGCGGCACGCCGCCUCUCGGACAAAGUCCCCACGCGAGAGGACAUACUUAGAGUACCCGACGCAUAAGUACCAGUACUUACGCUGCAACAAUACUCUUCCGUCAACCGAGCGCCGGUCCUUGCUAAACGACGCGUACACACAGGCACGUACGCCAUCUUGCGAGCGUCGGCGCACGCUUCGAAACAGAAGCGCCAGGUUAUAGAACCCCCAAACGCGAACAGCCGACGGCAAGGCUCGGUGAGGUGGCAUGUAUAAAGGGACCAACUGGUAAUGGGGGAACUUCAUAUUGUCCUGCUCUGUCCUCACGCUUCCCUUCCCCUCUCGUCUCGUUGCCCGUUGCCCGUCACCUGUCGCUCCUUGUCUCGUCGCGUUAUACCUUUCACGACCCCGAUACCAGCUACAGACAUGUUCGCCUCCACCAAGUUCCUUGCCGCCUUCUCCGUGCUUGCUGCCGCCGCAGCCGCGGUGUCCGCCGCCCCGGCAAAGGUGUUUGAACCGACCAACGGCAACGUUGACGUCGUGUUCCGCCCGCACAUCACUGCCCCCACCGCGGGCGUAGUGUGGCAAGCCGGUUCCUCCCAAACCAUCACCUGGGACGCGUCCAACAUCCCGGCUGAGAACCAGAACCAGACGGGCCUCAUUCUCCUCGGCUACAUUGAGGAUGGUGAUGUUAACGAGCACCUCGACAUCCAGCACCCCCUCGCGGUGAACUUCCCCAUUACCGCCGGGUCCGUGACCGUCAACGUUCCCCAAGUACCCGCUCGCGACGAUUACGUGAUUGUCGUUUUCGGUGACUCCGGCAACGCCUCCCCCAAGUUCACCAUUACCAACUCGACUACCUCGGCUUCCUCCGCUGUUCAGUCGGCGACCUCCUUCUCCAUUCCCUCCGCGUCGAGCUUCUCCUUCCCCGCUUUGCCGACUGCUUGAACGUGUACCGCCGCGGAGACCACGGAGCGUGUUCCAUGACGAGACUGAAUGCUUGGACAGUCCGCAUGGACUCUAUACCACUACUACUACCACUACUGCCUGCCGCUACGACUACGCUCUACCGACUGCUCUGUUACACUCGUUUGAAGUCAGCGAAAUUGAAACAUUUGGAACC